AUGAAAAUUGAAAAUCUUGCCCACUCCUAUGACUUCAUUGCCCAUAAAACCCUAACUAGCCUCCAUUAUAAAGCAAGAUUAAGCAUCCCAAACUUACAAGAAGAAAAGAGAAAUGGAGUGCGUGACCAUUUUGCUAGGAUUGUUGUUCAUAUGGAUUUUGGUGUAUGGAGUGAUGUCACUUGAGAGAAGCAAAAACAAGAAGAGACUUGCACCAGGUCCAUUCCCUUUGCCUAUUAUUGGAAAUCUUCACUUGCUUGGUGACAAACCCCACAAAUCACUUGCUAAACUCUCAAAAAUUUAUGGUCCAAUUAUGAAUCUCAAAUUAGGCCAAGUAAACACAGUGGUUAUAUCCUCGUCAGUAUUGGCCAGAGAAGUCAUGCAAAAGCGAGAUUUAGUCUUUGCCAAUAGGUCUGUCGCAGACGCACUACGUGCCCGAAAUCACUCUGAUUCCUCUGUUGUUUUUCUACCUGUCAACACUCGCUGGAGAACACUUCGCAAGAUUAUGAACUCUAACAUCUUCUCAGGUAGUAAGCUUGAUGCUAAUCAGCAUCUCAGAACUAAAAAGAUCCAGGAGCUAGUUGAUCAUUUUCACAAGAGUGCCAAAAAUGGUGGAACAGUGGAUAUUGGCAGAGCAGCUUUUAGAACUUCCCUGAAUUUGCUGUCAAACACCAUUUUCUCUAAAGAUUUGAGUGACCCAUUUUCUGAUUCUGCUAAGGAGUUUAAGGACUUGGUGUGGGGCAUUAUGGUCGAGGCUGGUAAACCCAAUUUGGUGGACUAUUUUCCCUUUCUCGUGAAAAUUGAUCCACAAGGUAUAAGGCGGCGCAUGACCGAUCAUUUUACUAAGGUUCUUGACCUUAUGAGUGGUUUGAUUGAUGAGCGGCUAAAGGAAAGGAAAUUGAGAAACCAUGCAAAUGUUGAUGUUUUAGAUGCCCUUCUCAACAUUAGCCCAGAGCUUGACAGGAAUCACAUCGAGCAUUUGUGUCUGGUUAGUUUAUUACGUACUCUGAUUUUCCUCAAUCCGUAAUUAUCUGUUCAUUUC